CACAAUCAUAUCCAGGAUAUGCUUCUACAAGAGAGUUAUACUUUGCUAGAUCUAAAGAUUCAGCAAUUCCGCGACAUGAGUUCACUCGCUCGAGAGCUCGAGGCCUCCGUAGGUUCUAUUUCGCUUCCUACUCAGAUCUGAUAAUGGCAGCUAACUUUUCCGAAAUCCCAGAAUAUGGCCAAAAUAAACUACAACAAAGACCGUCAAGAAGCUGCUAUCUUCGUCUUCACAAUCGUCACCGUUAUCUUUCUUCCACUAACUACAGUGGCGGGCAUCCUCGGUAUGAACACAAAUGAUGUACGUAACAUGGACAUCGACCAGUGGGUCUUCUGGGUAACUGCCAUCCCAUUGAUAAUACUUGUUAUCGCUCUCUGUUUGCUAUGGACGGGAGAACUAUGGAAUGUGGGGAGAUGGUUCAGUAAUGCUGGGCGAGGUGGCAAUGGACAGGAAUCAAUUCGGAGACAGCAAGUUAGCCGAGUUGGGGAUUCUCCAAGUAUAGAAGGCGGCCAGAACACCAGUCGCCUACCGGCACAUGGGGAUACUCGGUAUGAGACGGGUAUGGACGGACGGGAGUUUGAAAGCGGUCAUGGGGGAUCAUAUACAUGGCGUCGCCCGAGACAGGCAACCUUUUGAUAUACAUCUACAUGGUAUAUUUCUACUCCCAACAUAUGGAUCUGGCCGUGUUUGGGACCAAAAUAUAUACUCC